AUGACUUCUGCUGCUUUUUUCUUCUGUGCUUGUGUCCAUGGCACCCCUCAUCGGUUCUGGUUCGUUGGUGGCAACGGAGGCUGGGCGGUACCGCCUGGCAACGGCUCUAACACCUACAAUCAGUGGGCUGCAAACAACAGAUUUCAUGUUGGAGAUACAGUCUGGAAAUUUCAAGUACCAAACGACUGGGUGCUGGUAGUGAAGAGAGCAGAUUAUGAGCACUGCAACGCAUCCAGCCCCAUCUCCAGAUCUGGGGAUGGAGACACUGUUUUCCAGUUUAGGCACUACGGCUUCUUCUAUUUCAUCAGCGGCCCAGCCAGGCCACCGCAAGUCAGGCCAGAGACUGAUCAUCUGGGUGAUGGUGCACCCCCUAAGUCCAGCUGCCCCCCAAGGAGGGCGAAGGCAGCGGCAGAGACCACAACUGGGAUCCCAACGCCUUUGGACAGCCGGGUCCAGUUCCACCGCCAAGUUAAAAACAUGAACCAUUUGAGACCAAUUUCAAGCCAAAAUGCAAUGGCUUCUCAGAAGCCAUUGCUAUUCCGUGAAGACCUAAAAGCUUAG